AAAGGUGAUUUUCAAGUAGGGAAGGAAUUAAUUAGUAAAUUGAGAUUGAACUAAUCAGCAAGGUAAAGAAGGAAGGCAUGUUUUUAAUUAAACUUUUUGUGUAAUGUUCAUCAUUGUUGUUGUUACAUAGAGAGAUACAUUAGUCAGCCAGUUAGUGUCGGUCGGUCGGUCGGGCGGUAUCGUAUUUAUUGGUAGACCACCAAUAUUUACGUAAUUUCGGCCUCUCUUCUUCUCUCGAAACCCCAACUCGGCUGCACCCUAACAAAACUAAACCCAACCACCAACCGAGAUAAGUACUUAUCUCCACUUAUUAUCUCAUCAAUUUGACAAAUGUCUCAUCUUCUCAGCAGUGUUGGUACUGUAAUAGUGACUCAGUCAUCAUCAUCAUCAUCCCAAUUUAGCUGUUUUGCAUCCUAAUAACCAUUCCCAUUAUGGCCCCCUUCAUCUAGAGAACCUUUCAUCCGCUGCGGCUGCUAACAUAAUAUAAGUUAAAAGUGUGAUAACAUUUCAUUCUUGCCGACAAAAAAAUGAAAACUAUUUGUAUAAUAUUGCAUCUUUUCUGAUACACACAUAUUGCAAGCAGAUAACGAAAAAAACACAGUGCAGUGGUACUCUAAAGUGUUAUGUGGGUUACUCAUGCUCUGAAAAUAACACACAAAAUAAUAAACUUCUCUUACAAGCAAUUGUAUUCCGAUCUUUGUGAACACUUUACAUACGACGAGUUGAUCGUGUGUGCAUACUUACCCACGACCAGUUUAUCUAGGUAUAGUUAGUUAGCUAGUUUAGAUUCGUCUCUUCUACUGUAAAGCAAACCUCCAAAAAAUUUGUUAGCUAGCUGGGGACAGCUUCCUAAGUUAAGUAACAACGGACGGUGACGGUAUGAAAGGGAGAACAAAACAUGAAACGUGACUUUAUGUAUUCUGCACAAAACAUCAACAGUGUUCUAUUGUAGUUAGUAGUAGUGAGUUGGUAAUAUUGGCUGAGAGACUAACUUUAUUAUGAUCUCGCUUUUUUUUGCUCCAGGCAAACGAAAAGCUUGGCAAGAAUAAGAGAGCAGACGAACCAGUGGUAAUUAACGUCUCUGCAAAAGCAAAAAAUUGGCAACAAUCAUCUCAUCUCCAGCUUGGAAGGAAUCGCUCAGACUACAUAGCCGAAAAAUCAGUGUAAAUCAGGAAUAUUUCCUCUCAGAUAGAAGAGGACAGUUUUACAAAACAAACUAAAUAAAGCGUGUCAACAAAUCAUUUACAGCGACAUCCUGCUUAUCAUACUCGAAGGAUUUUAAGUGAACAAUGUACCAAUAGCGGGGUCGUGUUCUCAUGCACAAGUGUGGUUGAUAUUUAGAUUGAAAAUAAUUAACUUGUCAUCAAUCAUAUCAUUGUUUGUUGUGGGUGAGCUGACCUAAGUACUAAAAAUGAGUGCCCGGCGUGCCUUGAGAGGAUUGGCGUCAGGGAAUCAUCCCCUCCUGGGAAAAAUCUCGUCGUGGGGGGUCAACAGAAUUCCAACGACCGCACCCACCACAAUUUGGCCACGACUGCUGCCACCGACACAAAAUGUCAAAGUGUUUGUUCAACUUCGUGGCUUCACAAUGGGGACGAAGUUUAUAGGAGGUCCGCAUAUCCAGCAGUGCAGAUGGAAAGUUGGCCUGUUGGUGAGGAAUUGCUCAGGAAACGCCUAUGGAGGAAGUUCAGGAACGGCGGCACAAUCACCCAGUCACACCCAUAGCAGCUCGUCACUAGCAGGAGAGCGACCAGACCAUGACCAAGGAGGAGGAGGAGGAGGAACAGGGGUGGAAGUGAUAUAUUUCCGAGGCCUUCCGCAAUUCACAAUUCCUCUGCCUUCUCGUAGAGAGAGAUGCCGAUUCAUCGUGAAGCCACUUACAAAUUCGGUGGGGGAUUUACUCAACAUGAUAAAACACGAGGACAGAGGAGUUGAUCGGAUCAGCUUUCUCUCCACGGACGGCAUUAGGAUAGCUUCUGCCAAUACGAUUGAAAUGCUCAUGGAACACGACUUUGACAUGGUAAUAAACGACGAUGUCUACCACGUCGUGACUCCACCACAGGAAAAGCCUACACAAGAAGACUUGACACGCCUCUCCUCCGUUCGAAACUUGGUGGGUCAGUUGUACGGUGCCCUGAAUGUGGAUGAACAUCAACUUCGAACAGAACGGGAAAUGACAAUGGAGUUGGAAAGAUUAAAAGGUUUACUUUUUCCACUCGAGGAGAAGAGGGAACAACUGAACGAACUUUCCCUUAAACGUACGAAUACCAUGACUUGGGUGGGGCUUGGUUUAAUGUCCGUCCAGUUUGGUAUCCUAGCAAGACUCACGUGGUGGGAGUACUCGUGGGAUAUCAUGGAGCCGGUCACCUACUUUGUAACUUAUGGCACUGCCAUAUUAUGCUAUGCCUACUUUGUCCUUACCAAGCAGGAGUAUGUCCUCCCACAAGUGACCGACCGACAGUACCUCAUCUCCUUUCACAAAGGGGCUAAAAAAGUGGGCCUUGACGUAAACAAGUAUAACCAACUUCGCGAUAAGAUCCACAAAAUUGAGACUGAUCUUAACCGACUCCGAGACCCAUUGGCACUUCAUCUUCCUUUAAGGACGAGGCUGUCUUCAGACCAAGAUGGAGAUUUUCUUAUAAGAGAUCCACCCACGGCGAACUCCAUAGUGUCCAAAGCUACGGCAAAAUUAUCACAAAUGUUUUCAAAGAAGGGCUCCUCGUCGUCAUCCUCUAGUUAAAGGUGGGGGUGGAUUAAGUGGCCAAUUAUUAAGAAAGACAAUGAAGAUAUUACUUAAAAGUUAGUUAGUUAGUUAACUAACUAACUACUACUGAUAUACCUACAUACAUAACAAAUACUUACUUUAGCGUGUACUUUCUUUCUAACUCAACAAAAUCUGACAAUGUUGAUGAGCAAAUCCAUGAAUCAAACAAAGUCUUUUUACUGUUUGGAGUUUAUACAACUCGCUCUCUUUCUCCUUCUUGUAUUGAAUGUGUCUCUCUGAUAAGCCAGAUUCAGGCCUUAAUUAAUAAUUAAUUGUGAUUUUCUAUUAUUAUUAUACAUUAUUUUUUAUAAACAUAUUUAGAAACAAGAUUGUAAAAUAGUUUGCAGUUUGUUAAACAAGAGAAAUCGAAGCAGGCUCAAUAAGUUAAAUUCAAUCAGAAAACGUUAUCUGUGUGAGUUUGUAUUGUAUUCAAUUUAUCCGGUCUAUAGUCACGAAAUUCUUAUAAUUAUACAACAUUGUUGAAAAAUUGUUUAUUACAUAAAUGCCGUUCGAAUUUCUACAUUAAUUGUGAUCCCGGUAAUUAUGCAAAAGUGGUGCGAAUCAAAAUCAACCAAAAUUCCUACGUAAACCUACCAAAUAACAAUAAUAAUACACAACUAUCCAUUGUAAAAAAAAUAGUUCCAAAUUAGGUGUUAGAAAUUUAGAACCUGUUAAAUAAUUUAGGGCAGCAUUUUCAUAAUGACAAAACAACCUUCUUCCUCCUCUUUCUCCUCUUUCUCUAAAAAUACUAUGUAUCUAAUCUGACUUACUUAUCUGUAUUUAGCAAUCAAAACUUACAAAUCAGUACAUAAUCGCAAAAACCGCAUAUUCAAAACUUUGUUACAACUAAAACCAAAUCAGAAGGAUGCAUACUUAAUAAACUGUUUUCAGGACUUUCCAUUUUUCCAUCACUAAUAAGUAAUAAUCAAUUGAUUGAUGUUUAAAAUGCAGAUAUUUUAUGGACAGAUUUCUGACUCUACUUGCUAAUCGGUAUUACUACUCUGAUAAUUAUUACGUGUAUGUACUUACAUUACAGCAGCGUGUACUUAAACAGAAGAAAACAUGUUCAACAGCAUUUACGCUAUAAAAAUAUACUUAACUAUCUCUAUCUAACAGGAAAUGUAAGCUAUGUAUUACAACAAAAAACUCCAUAUUUCAAGCAAUGUACUUAACUUACAAGUAUUAUCUUGCGGGUGUGUGUACUACUACUAAAUGCAUACGCGUUGUUAUCACAUCCAGCUUAAGAAUUAAUAGUGAUAAUAAUAAUCACGUGUAAAAUCAAAUGUCUGAUUAAUUAUUUUGAUGAAAUUUAGCCAGUCUUAUAAGUUAUUGAUUAUAGUUAUUGGUUAAUUAGUUAGUUACUUAAUCGAUUAAGUGGGGUGUGAAAAAAAUGACAGCCAGGAUUAUCAUUAAGAAGAGGAAAGGGGGGAAAAGAGAAAGUUAAAACUUGUUGUAUUGGAGAAAAUGUGAUUUUUGUGUGAGGUGCUGAUUGAUGCCGACCUUAAAAGACGUUCGUUGUUAUUUAUUGAGCUUAUGUCGUCGUAUAUGUAUUUUAUAACUCAUAAGUAGAGGAGAAAUGGGAGAACAAAUUAUUGCAUCUUAUUAAAAUAUCUCGUUCAACUUAUGAAAUAAAGAAUCAAUCAAUAAAAGAGGA